AUGCAUUUCCUUGUGCUGGGCGCAACAGGAGCCUGUGGAAGCAGAUUCUGCCAGCUCGCACUCGAAGAAGGACACGCAGUCACAGCAUUCGUGCGCAAUGCUACCAAGAUCCCACCAACGAUACUCCAAAACGAAGCCGUACAUGUGAUUGAAGGGACACUCGACGAUGAACCGUCUCUGGAGAGGGCCUCGAAAUGCGGUGCAGACACGUUUGUUUCCUUUGCUGGACCUCCUGUUGGAGAGAAGGGGACGUCUAUCCUCCAGCCCCUAACAAACGGCUACAAGGCCCUCAUCCCCAAACUCUCCUCGCAAAACAUAACCCGCCUCCUCAUCCUCUGCACACCAUCCUACACCUGCGACUCCGACACCCCCUCUUUCCUCUGGCGACUGGGGGCAUGGACAAUGAAGACCUUUAGUCCGGGACAGUAUAGAGAGAUGGUAUCCGUUGGGGUAUACUUGACUUCUCUGUCAGAUACGGUACAGUGGACUUUAUUCCGCGUUGGAGGUCUUACGAAUGGUGCUGAGGAGCCAGUGGAAGCGACGUAUCUGGGGAGUGGGAGGGAUAAAAUGUGGAUUGGUCGGGGGAGUGUGGCUAGUUUCCGCCACGCGCAAUUCAACGGCCAAGAUCCAGCAGAUGCACGUCCACAAGAACAACCCCAAUUCCCAGCAAAUUCAAAUGUAGCAAAAACAACUCCAAUAGAAAGAAAAAGAAAUCAAAUCCAAGACCUCCAGAUAAUGCACCACUGGUGCACAAAAACCAGCUACAGCUUCUCGGAAAAACUGCACGCUAUCUUCCUCGACGAUAUCACCAACACCGCGCUCUCGCAGCACAACACCUAUACGUAUCUAUUAGACUCGAUAUUCGCCUUGACAUCUCUCCAUAUGGCCAGUGACGCCCAUGAAUCAAACUCAGACUAUAUAAAAAAUGCCCUCGAAUACCAAAACACAGCCGUCCCCGCCUUCCGCAGCGCGCUCGAGAACGUAACAGAAUCAAACUGCGAUGCACUCUUCGCCUCUGCAAUACUCCUAAUGACGUGCGCUAUUGUCUCGCCGCUACUCAGCAAGCAGGAUACUACCGCAAGUAGCUUACUCCUUCUAUUCGACUUCGUCAAGGGCGUCCACUACAUCAUCUCCACCGGACGGGAAUGGCUACAAAACGGCCCGUUUAGGGAAUUCAUCACCAUCCACCCUGUGGAAGAACUUCUCAGUGAUGAAAUACCAUUAAAACCUCCCAUCCAAUAUCUGCAAAUUCUAGACCCAACCAACGCUAAGAAUAACGUCUACGACCGCGCUAUCAAAAUCCUGAACUACUGCUUCAUUAACGAUGACCUCGCUAUCCCCUGGCUGCUCAUCGUCGGGGACGAAUUCAUGGAUGAACUGCAGAACCGGGAACCCCUUGCUUUGAUGAUAUAUAUGUACUGGGGUGUUCUUCUGAGCCGAUUAGAUGGUGUCUGGUGGGCGAAACUAGCGGGGAGGAAGCUGGUGGGGGAAUUAUCCGUGUCAAUACUAUCUGGUAAUAUUCCAGGGUGUGGAAAGGAGUGGAAGGAAGCUGGGAUUUGGGCUAAGAGGGAGGUUGGUCUUGUUGACUAG